AUGGGGGUGAACAGCUCUGUGGAAAGGCCGCUUGACCAUGUGAGUGUGGGCAUCGAUGCUGAAGUGAAGCCAGAAAGAGGUUUCUGCUGCUGCCGCUCAGGGGAUCUGGGAGAGACUGAUGUUACGACCGCGUCUGUCAUCCGCCAGGUGGACGAGAGCACAGAGACGCUGGCCGUUGAGAACUUGCUACAUCCUUUCGAGGACACCGUGAGCCAGUCUUCAAGUUCACUUUCGGACUGCUCGCCCGAGGAGUCGUUUACGAAGGUUUCAAUAUCGGGAAGGGGCAGCUGGCAUGCAGAAGGCGGGUCAUACACCAGCUGCGCAGACUUGGCCAAGUCCCUCUGUGAGGGGGAUGCGGUCCUUGUCUGGGGCUCCUGGCUUGCGGAUCUCGCUAGGAGCAAGCGAGGCGCGGUCCUACCCCGGCGGCAGCAGCUACCUCCGGAGGCAAUCUGCAACGCAGCCGAUGUCGGUGGAGGAAUCCCGCUCUUGGCAGUGUCUUACUGCUGGGCGACCGCGGCUCACGCCGACCCAGAGGGGCAGCAGCUUCGCAUCCUGGGCCAGCUGCUGGACCUCUGGCUCUCAGCAAACAGCGCGCAUCAGUCGCAGAGCCUCCACAGCCCGGCCACUUGCAGCCAGGACGAAGCUCUUCGAGACGAGGAGAGCAAACGACUGCAAGCGACGACUUCCAGCCUGCAAAGGAAAGACUGCGCUGUGCUCCUGGAUUGGUGCAGCUGCUACCAGGAGCCUCGAUUUGCGGAUGAAAGACGUUCGGCUGAGCGUUUCCUGCAGCAGGUUGGCCGAUGGUUCGCGCACGAACACACGAUGGUGUGGAUGCUGACGAACUCCCCAAUCGGAGCGGAGCCAUACAGUUUGCGCGGUUGGCCGACGUUUGAGCGAGCGGUCAGCCUCUUGCCAGCUGGCAACAAGAACGUCCUGGACAUAGGCCGACUGUCCUUAGAAACACUCCGAGUGCUGGAUUGGCCUUCCGUCCUCCAGACUUGCCAGGCAAAGAGACCGCCACCUAUGACGCCUCUAGAGUUUCAGGCGCAGCUGAAGAGAAAGCACGUCUCGUGGAGCCUCGACCGGGAUCUUCUCGAAGCUCUCUACCAGGAGGUUUACGAGGAUCUGAUCGCCGGAGCCGUUGAGAUGCCUUUGGCACGCCUGGAUUGGGGAGACGUGGAGAUGGGCCAGCUGUACGGCACGCUCUCCAGCUGUACCCAGCUGCAACGCUUAGACCUGGCCCGGAAUCAUAUCGGAGAUGCUGGCGCCGAGAAGCUGGCGGAGACCAUGUUGAACAGCCCGCGCCUCCUUCAGUCGCUGGUUUUCUUGGACCUGUCGGACAAUGAGAUCGGCGAUCUGGGCCUUUGUAGCCUGGCUGGAGCACUCCCCAGCCUGGCAGACAUACAGUCGCUGGAUCUGGACCGUAACUUCAUUGGAGAUCUGGGUGUUUGCGGCCUGGCCACUGCACUCCCCCGCACAGGUUUGAGGCGGCUCGUCCUUCGCGGGAAUGAGAUUGGUGACGGUGGUGCUGGAGAGUUGGCGCUUGCCAUGCCUCGCUGCAGCAACCUGCAGCUGGUGGACUUGAGCGAAAACGAGGUCAGUGACAUUGGCGCCGAGCGCUUUGCUGCUGCUUUACCAAAGUGUGAUAAGCUGCAGAGGUUUGACCUUGCCCGGAAUCGUGUCGGAGAUCGUGGAGCAUUGAGCCUUGCCACAGCACUGCCCAAGUGCAAGCUUGAGGCUUUCGGCUUGGGCGGGCACGAAGUCGGCGAAAUCCUCGGUGGAGGGCGCAUCGGUGACGGGGGUGCAGGGCUGCUAGCAUCAGCUUUGCUGCGUUGCGAACGGCUUUGCAAGCUGGAUUUGAGCGAGAAUCAAAUCGGCGAUGGUGGCACGGCGCAGUUAGCUGCUGCGAUGCCACACUGCGGUCAGCUUGCUGAGCUUGACCUCUACCGGAACUGCAUUGCUGACCCGGGCGUCGGGAGGCUUGCAGAGGCAGUGCCCCAAUGUGGCCAUCUCGACUGGCUUCGCCUACUCGAGAAUCCCGUCGGUGCCAAAGGGGCACGACGACUUGCAGAAGCCUGGGAGGCGGCGGGAAAGCCGAAAGGGCGUUUGCUGUGCCAACCAGGAGAGAAAAAUAGAGGCUUGGCUGGAUACGCUGGCUGGGCAAGUUGGGGUAGUCCUGUGGCUCCCGGCGAGGGUCCACAAGUUUUACACCAAGGAGCUGCGCAAGAGUCCAAAUCCUCCUCGCGCACAUCAUUGUGA